CCCGAUCUCCAAUAACUCUUCCUCUUGCCAAAUAUCCCAAAACCCCAAGGCCUCUCUCUCUCUCUCUCUCCUUCUGACUUCCUUAUUCACUGGUUUCCCCCAGUUUCUGCAACUUUGGACUCUCGCAAGUCGCAACACCCGCAACGAGCGAGACAGGAUUAUUUCAUUAUCUAGGUAUAUAAAUUAUCUAGACAUGAUUUUGGAGCAAGCAGAGAGUUCUCAGGGCCGUAGCCAUUGCAUCCCGGAUAGUGCCAAUUCUCUGGAUGAGGUUGUUUCUGCAUUAAUGGAAGCUGAACUUGAGGGAAUUAAACUAAUCUUUGCUAUUGACUUUACAAGGAGCAACCUAUGGACAGGAAUGAAUUCAUUCAAUCGGAGAAGCCUCCAUGAAAUUGGUAGCAUACCUAACCCAUAUGAGCAAGCUAUAUCUAUAAUUGGCCGCACAUUGGCUCCUUUUGUUAUGGACAAUUUCAUAUAUUGUUUUGGAUUCGGCGAUGCAUCAACACAAGGGAAGGAUAUCUUCAACUUCUUUCCUGAUGGACGACCUUGUCAUGGUAUUGAUGAGGCUCUUGGAAGAUACAAAGAGAUUGUUGCUUCUUUAGAAUUGUCAGCUCCAACCUCUUUUGCACCAAUUAUUGAUGCAUCAACUGAUAUAGUGGAGAGAAGCAAUGGGCAAUAUCACGUCCUAAUCAUCUUUUCUGAUGGGCAGGUCACGAGGGAGAAUAAUUUACAAGAUGGAGAGUUAAGUCCGCAGGAAAAAGCAACUAUAAAUUCUAUAGUUGAAGCUAGCCAAUAUCCUCUCUCAAUUAUUUUGGUUGGUGUGGGCGAUGGGCCAUGGCAAGCAAUGCAACAAAUUAUUCAUAACAUUCCUGAAUAUCGGCCAUUUGAUAACUUUGAGUUUGUCGAGUUCACAAAGAUAAUGUCUGAGCAAAAGAAUGAAGCCGCCUUUGCAUUGGCUGCCCUCAAGGAAAUUCCAUCUCAGUAUAAAGUGACGCAAAAACUCAUGAUUGUGGAAAGUGGAAGAGAGGAGCCACGCACAAAGCCAAUUCCUCCCCCUCCAAGUGAAGAGACCGAGUGUGCCACGACCAUGGUGGAGGUCUGCCCCAUAUGCUUUAUAAACCCAAGGGACAUGGCAUUUGGAUGUGGUCAUCUGACUUGCAAGGAAUGCGGCGUAGACUUACAAUUUUGCCCUCUAUGCCGUCAGCCAAUAACGGGGCGCCUGAGGUUAUAUCCCUGAGAAAUUUGUCUCUUCAGCUGCUGGAUGCUUGGAAACUCGUUUGUGAAAUAAAAAUUACAAAGGAAUUUGUAUAAUUCUGAUUUGUAUCUUUUCAAAAAUUUGAGCAUUAUAUUUGGGUCCGUCUGAUUGUCAAAGACUAUGUGACAAAACCAGAGCUGUAACUGACUUGGUUUUUUGUGUGGUUGUAGGUAACUUUUGGGUUACAUGGUUCUUUUGAACUGAAAAAGU